CACGGGCGAGCGCGGGAAGCCGAGGGCACCGUGCCUGCUCGCGGUUGUCGCGAGGGGCGAGGGCUGAGAGUGGGGUGGGUGCACGCUCUCUGCUCUCUCGCCCUGCGCUUCUGCUGCCCACCGCGCCGACCCUCGCCACCCCCACAGCCGCUGAUUGGCCCCUCGCUGCCCGGCUCAGGCCCCGGGACCCCGUGGUGUGUGUGCGGGAUGGAGAAGGAGCGGGACGCCGGGGAAGCGGAACGGGGCGAGCGCGCCGAGCCCCUCAGCGACGCCGAGCGCGGCAUCGUGCAGGACACCUGGGCGCGAGUGUACGAGAGCUGCGAGGAUGUGGGUGUGGCCAUCCUCAUCAGGUUCUUCGUGAACUUCCCCUCGGCAAAGCAGUACUUCCUUCAGUUCCAGGACAUGGAAGAGCCAGAGGAGAUGGAGCGCAGCGUGCAGCUGCGUAAGCAUGCGUGCCGGGUCAUGGAUGCCAUCAACACGGUGGUGAAGAACCUCCACGACCCCGAGAAGGUGUCCUCUGUGCUGACGGUGGUGGGCAAGGCGCAUGCCCUGAAACACAAAGUGGAGCCCGUGUAUUUCAAGAUCCUGAGUGGCGUGAUCCUGGAGGUCCUGGCGGAGGACUUUGGUGAGUGCUUCAGCCCUGAGGUGCAGACGGCCUGGACCAAACUGAUGGGGGUGCUGUACUGGCACAUCACCGGAGCGUACCAAGAGGUGGGCUGGGUCAAGCUGUCCAGCUCAGCUGUCUGAGACCAGCCCCAAACACACACACACACACACACACAGAGUCUGAUUUUAAAACCUGUUUGGCUGGCCAAGACCCAAAUUGAAUUGAAGAGAUGGAACAUGGAUGUUUUCCAGUUUUCUCCUGGGAUUAGGAACAUAUAUCUAGCUAAAAUGUUUUUCGGGGGGGGGGGACUUUUCUAUGUGUGUAUGUGUGUUCCCAAGUGUAAUUUCAAAAUUGCCUGAUCAAUGUCUUCUGUUGGUUCUUUGUGUAACCAAACGAACACAGCCACACAAGUAGUUAAACCCAGAAGUAUAAGGACACAUAACCACACAGCCAGAAGGUGGUGCAGUAAUACAGCACACUUUUAUUGACAUUGACACACACACACACACACACACACACACACGUGCAUGUACUACAGCAAAGGCACAGUGAGGUGUGUAUUCCCAGUGACCACCCUCCAUGUCCCCUCUAUGUCUCAAGCCUCCAGGGGCAGAUACAGCAGAGGGAGAGUUCAUGUACGCUUUGGUGUCCCAACGGAUCUCAACGUCUCCCCUUCUGCACGCGCACACAAGCACACAAGCAACACGCCGCUUGUGUUUGCGCACACACACAUGCCACAUCAAAGUUAGCCUAACAGUGCAUACAGAUGGACAGAAAGCAGGAUAACACAACACAAAACACACACAAAUAGUCUAGUCUUACUAGCAAUAAACACAUACAGGAGAGAGAAUGGACUGUUUAACCGUUUUGUGGUGGUCCAUUUUGUUUCAUAGCACUGAUGAGUAAAGUGAGUUGGUGUGUGUGUGUGUGUGUGUGUGUGUGUGUGUGUGUAUACAGUUCAUGUUCAUCUCCAUAGUGCCCCUUCUGACAGUAUGUUUAUUAAACACAUUUCCACAAUCCAUCCAUAACCCGCAAAAUAGCAACGUACUCCUCACUCACUCACGCUUGUUUGCACUGUCCCUCUUACUGUCUCACUUCCUUUAGUUUUUCAUCUCCACUCUUCACCUUUGUCUUCUUCCCUCAUUCUUCAUGCUCCUGGCAUCUAUUUAUUCUCUCUCUCUCUCUCUCUCUCUCUCUCUCUCUCUCUCUCUCUCACUCUCUCUCUCUCUCUCUCUCUCUCUCUCCCUUCCCUUGACAGAUGUCUCCAUUAGCUGGCUGGACCCACCUGCUUGGGUUAAGGCUUACUUCUGUGAAACAUCCUGUUCCAUAUUUCACUAUAGUCAGUCUGUCUUUCUGUCUGUCUGUGUGUCUCUCUCUCUCACACCCCCCCCCCCCUCACUGUUAUAGGUGAACACCAAUAGGAAUAAUAAUUUCAGACCCUUACCAUAGAUGUGCCCUUGUGAAUUCUUGUUAUUUCAAAGCUUGGACUUUAUAUUUUUCUAAGUAUGUGAGUAAAUUGUUUAUCAAUGUCCUUAAAUAUUUAAAUCUUGAUAUGCUGUUAUUCUCUUUGUAUACACUGCGAAUGUUUAGUGGGGUGAACACUAGUGCUAAACAAACACAGUAUAUGACUAGAAAAAAUGAACCUCAUCAAUAAAGCUCUCACCUGCCAUGCUAA